UUGCCAAUAUGGCGUCGCUUACCGAAAACCUGACGUCAGCUGAUGUCAACCUAACUGACACGUUCUUUCAGAACGGAAGUGAUGCUUUCAACGCCAGCACAGGUAACGUGUUGCCACCGAAACCUGGUUUUGCUGAACUGCAGAAUAAUUUCUACGUUGCUAGUUAUAUCCUUACACCAAUAUUCCUCGGGAUAGGCCUGUUUGGAAAUGCAGUUACCAUCGUAACUAUGACGUCGAAAUCAUUUUCAAAUAUGACGUCACGAUACAUCCUCAUCGCACUUGCGCUGUCUGAUACGACCCUUCUGCUUACACAGCCCUUCAACAAGCUGUUUCUCCGCAAACUGAUUGGUUAUGACGUAAGGGCUAUUUCAGAUAUCGGUUGUAAAGCGUUCUUUCACAUCUUCAAAACAGGGAAAAUGACGUCAUCAUGGCUCAUCGUUAUCCUAUGUUUCGAACGUUUUAUAGCUGUGGUAUUCCCAUUUAAAACAAAAACCAUCAUAACAAAGACCAGUAUCCUGACAAUGAUCGCACUUGAUUACAUAUUCAUGAUCACGUACAAUGGCGUCUGGACAUUCUCGUCUAUCAUAGUCGAUGGAACUUGUAAACCGGAUGUGACGUACCCGGAAACGAAGGAAAAAUACAGAGACUUCCUGCUUGCUGGUUCCUCUUUUUAUUCUUUGAUCCCAAUGGUGAUAAUGGCACUUCUGACUCCGGUCAUUGUGGUGAAACUUUUGAUGCAGAGGAAUAAAAGGAAGCAGUUAGCAGGCGGUGCUUCAGGGGAUAAAGCUGAUAAAGAGACGCUACGAAUAUCCUUCAUGCUGAUCGGCAUUGUCGUUGCCUACGUUGCGUUGGUGCUGCCUAUCACCAUUGUUCACAAUCUAGCUUUCUGGAGAAAUGUCAGCGCAUUCGAUGUAAACACGAAAAGUUUCUUCAUUCUGCGAGAGAUGGCCCAGAUCCUAGAACAGCUCAAUUAUUCUAUUAACUUCUUUCUUUACGUACUAUGCUCGUCAAAAUUCAGAGAGCGCGUGUUACAGAUUUUGGGUCUUAACAAGUGUAUUGAGAAAAUUACUUCGGGUUCAUCAUCUUCUAAAACCAAGUCUACAUCCGUGAACAAGCCAACGUCUGUGUUGCAAAAUUCGGCCUCCGGUUCUGCCCAAACGCCACAGAAUACUGAUGGAAGCAAUAACGGCAGUUCAAAACUAGCUUCGCCAGAGCAGGUCGUGAUAGAGCAAGAGAAAGAAAAACCUGACGAAAUCACUAACUGAUUGUUUAAAUGAUCACGGUAGGAAAGAACGGGUAUAUUAUAACCCAACAUUUCACUGGACGAGUUAUUUCUUUCAUUUAGCUUAUCAACGCCCGGGAAGGUAACUGGCGUCACAUAUUGUUUUUAAGUUAACUCGACCUCGAUUUGAGGUUUGCCGGAGAGGACCAAAAACUGGAAUUGAUCGUAAACAUUGUCGAACCCAACCAUGAUGUGUAAUUCUUUGUUAUUUCUUUGUACACCUGCGUCCCGUUUAAUUGUAACAUAACAUUUGUAUAUUAUUUUGUAUUGUGAUAUCUUAUUUAUUAAACUUGUUGUUUGUUUGUUUGCAUUUUUUUGGUAUUUGAUAAUAAAACCAGGCAAAUAUUCAUUGCAUAAGCAUGCGCGGGACCAGUGGGUGAUUUGGCUAGACAGUGUGUGAAACCACUCAGAUAUUUGGGUAAGUUACG